UUGAGUUGCACCCACCCGCCAGCUGCGUCUUGCGUGUAGCGCUAAUCAUGUUACCAUUCGUCCCUCGAAAGGUCGCGAAAUCUCUGCAGAAGAGGGAUAACACCGGUGUUUCAUCAACCGCGGCAGCGAAGGAACCUCCGAGACGACUCGGGGAGAGCUCACGCUCAAAUGAACGGGAAGUCUCGCCUGCACCGGAUCAUGCAACACAUUCCUCGAAGGGCAAGGGAAAGGCUGCUCAAGAUAGCCAAUGGCUCAGUGAGGAGGAAUAUGCAGCCAUGCUGCUCCUGACGAUGACGGACUAUGCGCUGUGGUCUGACGCAGAGCUUCGGAGGACUAUGGAGUUUGCGGAAGAGAGCUAUGUGCCUCUCGUUGCCCUCGGUGAUAGGUUACCGCUUUCCGACGACAUGCCACGUCCUCCGGAGGCUAUUCUAGUCAAGGCAAUCCGCGCACACGCAUCCGACAUCUUCGACGCCCGGAUGUUGAUGUCCGCCCCGUCUCGUGCUGCUUGGUAUGGCAAGAACCCCACGUCGCGCGAUGCCUUUGGUGGAUACGAGGUGCGCCUGAAAGGCGCGAAGGAAGCACUUCAUCGCGCACGAAACUCUGUGCGGAACGAAUGGGAGGCUCUGACAAUUUACAUUGAAAACGUGCCGCCUCAAUAUCGCAAUGUUGCAAGCAUAUAUCGGCUCGUUCAUGAUCUCCUACCAGAAAUGAAAACCGAUGGCCUCGUCGACCGCGUCCAACACAUAUCUCUCCCCCGACAUCACCUAGAUAAGUCCGACGACCAGCCGAAAUGCAAGGGCCUCGCUUUAGUCACGCUGAACAGGCCCGAGGACCUCGACCACCUAUUGCAGAAUUGGCCGUGGCAGCGUCCGAAGUCGCCGUCGGACACCAGCUCCGGCAAGGACCUCCCAGAUGCCAUCCGGUUUGGCUUCAGGACAACAACGAAGUCUCACUGGGAUAAGCUGAACCAAGAGUAUCUGUCGUAUCGGCAGAAGUUGUUGGAGCAGAUUGCACAAGAGGAAAGGACGAAUGACGGCGCGGGGCCUAGCGCGUCCGUCGUGUCACCGCCCGCAGUAGUUGAGGAAAUGAGUGCAGAAGAUGCGCCUUCAGAUGCACCGGUUUUAAAGCUCUCUGCGCCAUAUCCACCGGGCUGUCUGGUCUUCGUUCGCCACGUUCACACGGAUACCAACAAAACGACGCUGCGGAAACUCUUGUCUCAGGUUUUCACCGACGAAGAGUCGGAGUUGUCUGAUGACGGUAUCGACUAUGUCGACUUCAACAAGGGAAUGAACACCUGUCACAUCCGAUUAGCAGCUCCGCACUACACCGAACAGCUCGUCAAGUUCUUCUCCGAUAACCCGAUCGUUCAGACCGAAGGCCUCGACAGCACGGGGACACGCAGGACGGAUGGGAAGCAGAAGGCCAUUAUCGUCGAGCUCGUCUCUGGGGAGCGGGAGGAGCUGUAUUGGGCGAAGGUUCCUGAAAAAGUCCGCAGACAGGCCGUUGAGAAGGCGGUCCUUGGUAGCGGACUGGGAUCCGGCGGCGGCGGAGAGCAGGCCGAGACCGGCGAGCCGAAAAGGAAGAGGAGAAGGAGAGGUUGACGAGUAUUUAAACCUGUUGUCACUCGUAUAUGACGAGUGGGUGCCAUACGUUCAUGUGGCUGGUUGUUUACUGCUAAGGUUAACCCGGUGCUCAAACUCAUCGGCUGAGCAUGAUCUUUACUAGUACUUGACGCUUGUCUGAUGGCAAAGUGACAACGAGG